CAUUUUGAUCGGAGUCUACAAGGUAUAACCGGAGAGAACAUAAUACACUUGUGGUGGGUUUUUUUGAAAACCAAUAUGGAGAGAAAAGAAAGGAGUUCGUCGAAGAUCUGCUAUCUGAUUGGGUUGUUCUUGAUGAGUUUUGUUGCUAAAAUCUCAGCCCUUUCAGUAACAGUCAACCAAGUUGAGUGCGUUUAUGAAUACGUUAUCUAUGAAGGAGAUUCUGUAUCAGGAAACUUCGUAGUUGUCGAUCAUGAUAUCUUCUGGGGUUCUGAUCAUCCGGGUAUUGAUUUCACUGUUACAACUCCUGCUGGUAAUGUUGUUCAUACAUUGAAAGGAACAUCUGGGGAUAAGUUUGAGUUUAAAGCUCCAAGAAGUGGGAUGUACAAGUUUUGUUUUCAUAAUCCAUAUUCGACUCCAGAGACAGUGUCCUUCCACAUUCAUGUUGGCCAUAUACCGAACGAACAUAACCUUGCCAAAGAUGAGCACUUGGACCCUAUCAAUGUCAAAAUUGCUGAGCUAAGGGAAGCAUUGGAAUCUGUUACAGCGGAGCAGAAGUAUCUAAAAGCUCGUGAUACUCGCCAUCGUCACACGAAUGAAAGCACAAGGAAGCGUGUUUUAAUGUAUACAUUUGGUGAAUACAUAAUGUUAGCCGGUGCAAGUGCACUCCAGGGAAUGUACAUAAGGCAUCUAUUCAGUAAAUCGGUAGCAUACAACAGAGUUUGAUUUCUUGAUGAUGAGGCAUCUAUCUAUCUAUUCAGUUCUUAUAACAUUUGUAAAAUCAUGUUUUUCUUUCUUCUUUUCGGUAGUGUUAUCCCUUUUGUAUUUUAUGUGAUGAUGGUUUAUGUCUAACUUGUUUUAUUUAUGGCCCGAAAAUACCCACAUUUUCAAUCAAAGGAUUUUGGCAUAUAUUGUUCUUCCACUUACUCU